AUGAGACUUUCACCUCUUCUACCUCUCAUCACACUUGCAUCACUCACUCUCGCCACGCCCGUUCCUAUUCCCAAUCCCAUCAUCGAACACGACGACCUCGACAUCCGCGACCUCCUCGAAGCGCGUCAGGUAACCUGUCGCUCCGUGCACGUCCUCUUCGCACGAGGAACAGCUGAAACACCCACCCUCGGCGAAGUCGUCGGCCCAGGCUUCAGAGACAACCUGAUCAAGGUCUUGCCGAGCUCGAGGACAUUGAGUUUCGCUGGUAUCUCGUAUGCCGCGAGCUACCUCGGGUAUCUUCAGGGUGGUGACAAAGAGGGAGCAAAGACGAUGGCCACUGCUGCAGCGAAUAUUGCGAAGAGCUGCCCGUCGGCGAAGAUUUUCUUGAGUGGGUAUAGCCAAGGUGCCCAGGUCGUACACCUCGCGGCAGCUCAACUCGCCAGUAGCGUUCAAUCCCGCAUUAAUGGCGUUAUCACCUUCGGUGACCCCUACGUUAAACGAGCCCUCCCUGGUGCGAUGGAGAACAGACGCAAGACGUUCUGCAACGACGGCGAUAAGAUCUGUGAAGGUUUGCCACUCGUCACUGACCCGCAUAUGAACUACAAAUCGUCUUGGGAUCCUGCAGCACGAUGGGUCGCGUUCCGUGUUUAG